AUGAAGUUCUCCGCCGCCCUCCUGCUCACGGCCGUGACGGCCACGCUGGCCGCGCCAGCCCCGGCCGACGCGCAAAUCGCCCCCGUCGAGGCCCGCGAGGCCGCGCCCCGGGGGCGAACUGGGAACCACCACCGCGACCACUGCAGGAAGGGAGUGCACCACGACGCGCACCACGACCGGGGCCCGCAAGCGCUGCAACGACUACGACUACAGCUACAAGAAGAAGGGGACCGGUCACCUACACGUAACACCUACUUGCCAGGGCCACCACGGUCACGACGUCCACAGGCAUCCACGACAAGUGCCCCCCCCGAGUGCGACGACUGCAAGUACAAGUAUCACCACUAUGACUACUGCAACUCCUGCGAGUGGUGA